AUCCACUCAUUACACCUUCAUCCUAUCUUUCAUAGUUUCAUACAUUUCAAGUGCUCCCGGCCUACGUCUUCACCAUAGCAAUGGCUGGAAUCAUUUCUGCCCUGUACUCUUUGUUCUGUGACAAGCUGGCCUCCGAAGCCUUCAGGCAGUUUGCUCGUUUCAAGAAAAUCGAUGACGCUGACGUGGAAAAAUUAAAGAUGUCAUUAAUCAAGAUCAAAGAUCUGCUUAAUGAUGCUUCUCAGAAGGAAAUACGUCAGGAAGCUGUUAAAGAAUGGCUGAAUAGUCUCCAACAUUUGGCUUACGACAUAGACGAUCUACUUGACGAAUUGUCAACGGAAGCUAUGCAUCGUGAGUUCACAGAGGAAUCCGGAAGCUCAAGCAAGGUAAGAAAGCUGUUACCAAGUGCUAGGAUGCAUGACAAGUUUGAAAAUAUCACCAUCAAGUUACAAGAACUGUUUGAGGAAAAAUAUAAGCUUGGCUUAAGUGUGAUAGGUGAAAGCCCAAAACAUAGAAAUAGAAGGUUAGAGACCUCUUUGGUAGAUCCAUCUAGUAUUGUUGGGCGCACAGAUGAUAAGGAAGCGUUGCUUCUCAAGCUAUAUGAACCAUGUGAUAGAAACGUUAGCAUCGUGCCAAUAGUUGGUAUGGGUGGGGUAGGUAAGACCACUCUCGCUAGACUUUUGUAUGAUGAGAUGCAAGGGAAGGAUCGUUUUGAACUCAUGGCGUGGGUCUGUGUUUCUGAUGAGUUUGAUAUUUUCAAUAUAAGCAAUAUUAUUUUUCAAUCAAUAGGUGGGGGAAACCAAGUAUUUAAGGAUUUAAAUCUGCUGCAAGUAGCUUUAAGAGAGAAGAUCUCAAAUAAGCGAUUUCUGCUUGUUUUAGAUGAUGUGUGGAGUGAAAGCUAUACGGAUUGGGAAAUCCUAGCAGGGCCAUUUCUUGCAGGGGCACCCGGAAGUAAAGUUAUCAUGACAACCAGGAAGAUGUCGUUGUUAACCCAACUUGGUAACAAUGAACCUUAUCAUUUGCCUAUUCUAUCUGAAGAAAGUGCUUUAUCCUUAUUUUGUCAGCAUGCAUUGGGAGAAAAAAACUUUGAUUCACAUCCGCUACUUAAACCACAUGGUGAAGGUAUUGUUAGAAAAUGUAAUGGGUUGCCGUUGGCUUUGAAAGCACUUGGAAGGUUAUUUAGGACAAAAAUAGAUGAGGAAGACUGGAAAGAAGUGCUGAAUAGUGAGAUAUGGAGUCUAGAAAAGGGAGAUGGGAUUGUUCCAGCUCUCAAAUUAAGCUACCAUGAUCUCUCUCCAUGUUUGAAGCAGUUGUUUGCAUACUGCUCCUUGUUCCCCAAGGACUUUGAGUUUGACAAGGAGAAGUUGAUUCUGUUGUGGAUGGCAGAAGGUUUUUUGCAAUCAACGACAAACAAGACAAUGGAACGCUUGGGUCUCGAGUAUUUUAAUGCGUUGUGGUCAAGGUCAUUUUUUCAACCUGCACCAAAUGACAGAUCGUUGUUUGUGAUGCAUGAUCUCAUGAGUGACUUGGCCACAUCUGUUGCUGGAGAGUUGUUUUCAAGGGUAGACAUUGGGACGGAGAAAGAACAUAGGAAUGAAUCAUUCGAAAAGUACCAUCAUCUGUCAUUUGUUUGUGAGGAAUACAUGGUUUCUGGAAGGUUCGAGCCACUAAAAGGAGCUAAAAGUUUGAGAACGUUAUUAGCGGUAUCUGUUGGGGUGAUAAAAAAUUGGCAAAGAUUCUACUUAUCGAAUAAGGUCCUGAAGAACUUACUUCAGGAGUUUCCAUUGUUAAGGGUCCUAAGUUUGAGUCAUCUUGGCAUAAGCGAGGUACCCGAAUUCAUUGGCAGUCUAAAGCACUUGCGGUAUCUGAAUUUAUCUCUAACUGAUAUCAACCUUUUACCAGAAAAUGUCUGCAAUCUUUAUAAUCUCCAGACAUUGAUCCUUUUUGGCUGUGAAAGUUUAACUAAGUUGCCCAACAGCUUCUUAAGGCUUAAAAACUUGAGGCAUUUGGACAUUAGGAAUACUCCUGGUUUGAAGAAGAUGCCCUUAGGGAUUGGUGAGUUGAAAGGCCUACAAACUCUCUCCAAGAUCAUAAUUACAGGUGAAAACGGAUUUGCAAUAACCGAGCUUAAAAACUUGCAAAAUCUCCAUGGGAAAAUUUCCAUUUGGGGGUUGGGCAAUGUACAAAAUGAAACGGAGGCACGCGGCUCACACUUAUCACAAAAGAGGCUUACCGAGUUAGAGUUGGAUUGGGGUUAUGGGUUAUUGCAAACGAGGCUUAGUAUGUUGGAGUUUGCUGUGAGUUUUGGGGAUUCUGAAUUGAACGUUUUUCGAAAGGAGACACUUGAUAAGGAGGUCCUUACUGAGCUGAAGCCUCAAGCUGAUAGUUUGAAGAAGCUUGAAAUUGUGUCAUAUGCGGGUAUAGAGUUUCCUAAUUGGGUUGGGGAUCCUUUGUUUCUUGGGUUGACUCACGUGUCGAUAUAUGGGUGUGAAGAAUGUACAUCUCUACCAGAACUUGGGCAACUACCAUCACUUAAGGAGUUGUAUAUUGGGAAGAUGAGUAAGGUGAAAGUUGUAGGUUGGGAGUUGCUUGGAACAGGUGUUGCAUUCCCAUCCCUUGAAAUUCUAACUUUUGAUAGUAUGCUAUCAUGGGGGGUAUGGUCAGCCGAUAACAAUGGGGUUGUAGAUGCAGCAGUGUUUCCAUGCCUUAAAGAGCUUAUUAUUCUAUUUUGUCCUAAUCUGGUUGAAGUCUCACUUGAAAAACUACCUUUACUCAGAGUUAUGACAGUAAAAGGAUGUGGUCAUGGUGUGUUGACAAGCCUGGUUCAUGUCGCUUCAUCAGUCACUGAGUUGAUAUUAUAUGAUAUUUCAGGUCUUACUCAUGAGGUGUGGGGAGGUGUUAUGAAGUAUCUUAGGGAAGUUGAAGAAGUAAGAAUAGAAUGCUGUAGUGAAAUAAGAUACUUGUGGGAAUCUGAAGCAGAGGCAGGUAAGCUUCUUGCGAAUUUAAGGAGGUUGAAGGUACUUUAUUGUUCAAAUUUGGUGAGUUUAGGAGAGAAAGAGGAGGAUAAUUGUGGGAGCAACCUAACAUCUCUUAGGUGGUUGUGGGUAUCUCUUUGUGCCAGCUUACAGCAUUGCAGCUGUCCAGAUAGCCUUGAGUCAUUGACUAUUUUGACCUGUGAUUCAAUUACAUCUGUGUCUUUCCCAACAGGAGGAGGGCAGAAGCUCAAGUCAGUUUUCAUCCGGGACUGCAAGAAACUUAAAUCGAUGAAUGAAUUGAAGUUCUUCAUCAAAAACACAAGAACAGACAUGCACCAAGAAUUUGAAUAUAUAUAUAUAUAUAUAUAUAUAUAUAUAUAUAUAUAUAUAUAUAUAUAUAUAUAUAUAUAUAUAUAUAUAUAUAUAUAUAUAUAAGAGUAUAAGAAAAAACCUUAUAAUCUUUGACUCGGCAAGUGGGGCUAAGCAUCACACAUGAAAGAGCACAUCCUCUAGCAACACAUUCACUUCCAUUUAGUGUUCUCAUUGGUUCUUUAUCAAAAACUGAAGUUAACUUUCUCAUAAUAGCAGGUAUGCGGGAUCCAGAACCAACAACCUCAAUACUAUGUAUCUUAUCUGCACUUAGACCAGAGUCCUUUAUGGCCUUUUGACAAACAUCAGAAACCCUUUGUAGCAAUUUCCAAGUCUGGAGUCAUUUCCAUUUCCUGACCAUGAGUUGCCGAAUCUUGCCUCGUUAACACAUUUGGAAAUAAAAAACUGUACAAGUCUGGAUGCUUCCUUUGCUGGUGGGCUUUGGCCUCCAAAACUGUGUUACCUUACCAUAGGAGGGUUGAAGAAGCCCAUGUCUAAGUGGGACCCACAGAGUUUUCCAACCUCACUUGUUGACCUAAGUCUAUAUGGCGGACCAUAUGAAGAAGUGACUGAUUUUAGUCGGUUGUCCGGUCUUUUUCCUUCAUCUCUUACUUCUCUUUGGAUAGAAAGAUUUGAGAAACUGGAAUCAGUUUCAACGGGACUCCAACACCUCGCCUCCCUCCAACAUCUCAGGAUUGUCAAGUGCCCAAAGAUGAUGGAUCUACCAGAAAAGUUGCUGCCUUCGCUUUUGAGUUUGGGAAUUAUUGAAUCCCCAAAUCUGAAAACAAAGAGUAAUAUAGGAGGCUCGUAUUGGCCAGUCGUCUCUCUAAUCCCCUGCCUCUGGGAUUGACUUUAUUUUAAUUUGAAG